AUGCUGUUGCGAUUGUACCUGUUUUACAACUUUUUGCUAUAUUACUCGCGUUGUCAAAGUCCGGAAAUUAUUGACGCAAAUUGGAAUCAGGAAUACAAUGAAAAAACACUCUACAAUUCUUCGUUAACAAUUUUUCGUUUUCCAGUUGAAAUCGAGUAUUCUGUUGCACGAGUCCGGGUUACAUGCAAUGACAGCAGCACAUCAAACCCUUUGCUGGUGGUAUUUCGAGAAAAAAGUGGCAUAUUAAGUCUUCAAGUACCAAUCAUUAUACAGAAUCACGAGUACAAUAAAGUUGGUAGAACUCUAUGUCCAUUUACCGAUGAUGAAAAUGAGGUGCUAACUGUGGAAGUGAGCAGCUUCAAACCGGUUCACUACAAUUUUGUGGCUUCUAUUGUCAACAAUUUCUUUUUGGAAAUGGAUAAAACUAGGGAAGUUGUUGCUAGUGCUUCGGAACCAAUUUAUUUGGAAUAUCGUAUUCCGAAAGGAAUCGAUUCGGUGGUUGUUCAUAUUGAUUCAAACUCAACAGUUUGUAUGACAGUAUCUAUUCAAAAAAUCGGAUGUCCCGUAUUUGAUUUAACCAAUAAUGUGAUUUCUACUGGAAGUCACCAAAGUAUGACGAAAUCCGCAUCGAUAGCCGUAGAAAGGAGUGAAAUGGAGGCAUUUUAUGUCAUCUUUGUUGUUAAUCCGAAUGAUAAUAUUUGCUCCGAUAUGAAAGAUGUCUUACCUCCCCACCCAAUCCAUAAGAACAUCCGCAAAAAAAAUUUCAAUGUAACCAUCGAGUCAGCAUCUACUGAAGGAGAAUAUAUUUUUGCAAUUUCAAUGAUACUUGGAGUAAUUCUCUUCAUCUACAUUCUUGCAAUAGUGUAUAUGGUUGCCGACAAUAAUGCAGAGCAGGAGCAUUUUAAUAGAGGAUAUCGCUUUUUCGAAGAAGCGAAUUAUACGGAAAGGAAUAGGAUUUUGGCUCAAGAAGAGGCAAUGCUCCGAGAUGAUGAAAUUAACGACUACGAUGUUUUGCCUGACCACAGAGAUAAAUUAGUAGCAAGAGCUAAGUCGAAACUAACUGUCGCCGAUAUGUCGAUGAAAACAUUCAAGCAGCGAGAAAAAAAAUACAAUGUUUAUUGGGUAACACUGGCAACCGUUGGACUUUUUUAUAGUUUGCCUGUUGUGCAACUUGUUUUGACAUGGCAAAACACCGUUCGUUUGUCUGGAGAUAUGGAUUUGUGUUGGUACAACUUUCGAUGUGCUCGUCCAUUCUUGGGUUUUAUUGCAUUCAACAACAUCAUCAGUAAUAUCGGUUACAUUCUUCUCGGGCUUCUGCUGAUUGUUCUCAAUAAACAACGAGAACUCCGAUAUACACACCUGAUGCAAGUGUAUCCUAGAAUUGACAAGGAAUGCGGCAUCCCACAACAUGGCGGAAUUAUGACAGCUAUUGGAAUAUCCGUUGUUCUUGAAGGUAUUCUAUCAGCCAGUUACCACAUUUGUCCGUCAAGCAGCAAUUAUCAAUUUGACACAUCUUUCAUGUAUGUGAUAGGAAUGCUCGGAAUGCUAAAAUUAUAUCAACUACGGCAUCCCGAUGUCAAUGCCAACGCACAUGUUGCGUUUGCCGUUGUUGCUGUCUUCAUUUUGAUUGCAAUGUGUGGAGUGUAUCUUCACAACAUCGCAUUCUGGGCAAUUUUCUCGAUUUUGUAUAUUUUCACUCUUCUCACUGUUACUAUUGAAUUCUACUUCAAAGGAAUAUGGAAGUUCAAUUUCAGAGAACAGCUAAACAUAUUCAAAUAUGCUUUUGCUUCGUCAAGAAGAUGUUCUUGUCUUAUUCCUACUUACAUGGGGGCACUAAGCGAGGGAAAUUUGAUAACAUACAAUCUUUUGACGACGGCGACGGUGAACUGGUUUCGGCUUGCUGCGAUGGUUGAUUUUGGUGUUCUUUUCGGUGUUUUGAGUGGUGUGGUCCGGUUGUAA